UACUAUUGACAAGGAGUGUGGGUCGCUUUUGACCCGAGCAGUAACUGCUGAUCAGCUGUCCCAGGGCAGGGCAUGAGGGUCGUGUGGUUCUGAAGAUGAGGCAGGAAAAAUGCACCCCUUGGACCGGGACAAGGUAGAAGCACCGGCGGAAGUGGAAGUUUUGGGGCCCUAGGAAGAUUUGGAGCAGUUCCUGCUUCCAGUAGUCCGUGGGAUGCGGGAGGGUAUGGUGGCUCUCCCACGAGUGUAUCUGAGGACCAGGAGCAAGUUGUGGAAGAUGGAUAAUACGCUCAUGCAGAUAGAAAUGCAGGUGGAGACCUCGGAGGAGAAAGCCUUGAAUCACCUUCAGCAUCCCAGUGGGGAAGCUGAUGCGAGAGUGUCAGAGUUGUGCCAGAAGGUGGAGGAGAAAGCCAAGGAGCUUGCGAAGAUGGCAGAUUUGAUGGUGGAGCUGGUUUGGCAGAUAGAGAAAAGCAAAUCGUCUUGAAGGAGGGUUGAGUUUCACAGAUGAUGGCCUCUGGUCCGCUGGUAAGGAUGGGCUGAUACCUGGAAGC